AAAAAAGUUCAGCAAAAGUAAGUAGUUGAAGAUGAAAGUGGUCGGCAGUUUGGAUGUCCUCUAUUCGCUGGCGAUCCUAGUAUCCCUACUUUCUCUCGUCGCGGGAAACUCUUCGGUGGUGGCGGUGACCCACGAAAACUUGCAAGGAAUAAUCGAUUCUAAUGAAUUGGUUCUGCUCAGUUUUUACACGGAUUGGUGCCGUUUUAGCCAGAUUUUGCAGCCCAUUUUUGAGGAGGCGGCGGCGAAGGUUGUACAGAAAUUCCCUGAAAACGGCCGUGUGAUCCUGGGAAAAGUAAACUGCGACACUGAAGAUAUAUUGACCGAUCAGUUUGACAUACUUAAGUACCCAACGAUAAAGAUCAUCAGGAAUGGAUUGGUUGGAAAUCAGGAAUACCGUGGCCAGAGAUCGGUGGAGGCCUUCCUCCAGUUUGUGGAAAAGGAGCUAUCAGACCCAAUCAAAGAGUUCCAUAGCAUUGAUGAGCUUAAAAACGUGGAUGUUGGCUAUGGAAUAGUCAUUGGUUAUUUUACCUCCAAGGAUCAUGCUGAAUAUGACAACUAUCGCAGGGUAGCGAGCCUGUUAAGAAACGAUUGCAGCUUCCUUGUGGGCUUUGGUGACUUGACUAAGGACCUCCGACCGCCAGGAAAAAAUGCGUUGAUCUUCCGCGGCGAUCCCUCGAUUCCGAAUCACAAAAACCAGUACAGUGAGUACUUGGGCAACAUGACCAGCUUUAAAGAACUAACCUUUUGGAUUGACAAGACGUGUGUGCCCCUUGUGAGAGAGAUCACCUUCGAUAAUGCAGAAGAGCUAUCAGAGGAAGGAUUACCAUUUGUAUUGCUGUUUUACGACAAAGACGACCUAAGUCCCAUCCAGGAGUUCAAAAACGCAAUUCAAAGCCAGAUGGAAAAUGAGACGAGGGUUAUUUUCCUUACUGCCGAAGGGGAAGCCUUUAAGCACCCACUUUUCCAUUUGGGCAAGUCCUUGAGUGAUUUGCCAGUGAUCGCAAUCGAUUCCUUCAUGCACAUGUACCUAUUUCCACGCUACAAGGACAUUUACGAUCCAGGAUCCCUCAAAAAGUUCAUAGAUGACCUGUUCAGCGGUGCACUGCAUUAUAAUUACCACGUGGACCUGCAGGCUAAGGAAGAUUCGGAGUCCAUAAUCGAUCCAGCUGAGGACCUGCCAGUCGUACACGAGUCCAAGUUUAAGGACCUUAAGCCAUCCAAGCACCGUUACACUUUGGUCAACCGCACAAGGGACGAGCUAUAAUAAUAUCCUUCUCUACCAUUAUCUUUGGUCAUGCUUAGGUGUAAUCGUUUAAUAUCAGUUUAAGUCAGAUAUUUUUGAAAGUAAGAUUAAAAAAAUAAACAAAA